CGUGCCUGUUGCCACCACGCGGAACUCGCGUUAACAGCCCCCGGGCCAGGAAAUUUACUGCGCUUAUUGCAUCCUCGGCGUUGGUUUCGCGGGAGAGUAGGACUACGCAUUUUUCCGUCGUUUUGAGACCUCUGGCAAGUCAUUGCGCUGCGCCUGACUUGUCGACGUUUGGUGUGAGAAAAAUACAGCGGUGAGAGAGUGCAUACUAUAGAAAAGGCGCACGCGCGAGGCUGAUAAGAUUUGCUGCGAUCCGGGUCGAUCCGGGUGCGCCGUCUUGGAGCCGCUGCCAAGGUGAGAAAUAAGUUACCCCUUUAAGGCGGAACCUUGGUGGAAGUUCUGAGCCAUGGAUAUUCUUUACUACAUUAGGGCGGAGUUACAGUCCAAGAGGUCGUUGAACCGUGUGACUGAUCGCUCGUGUAACCUUUUGGUGGAAAUAUGACUGACGCGAGUUUCUCCGACGGAGAUGCCCCGUGUGCAGCGUUUCCGGAAGUGUCCUGGAAAGAAAACCUCCGCGCCAAAGUGUCUCUGAGUUCGAGAGUGCUGGGCAAAUCAUGGCGACUCCUCUACAUCCUCGGCGUUCCCUUGCUCCUGCUUCCAGUGGCCCUGCAUAUUGAAGGAAAGGCAGGAUGGUGCGCAUACAUUCUCCUGUGGAUGGCGUUCUACUGGUCGGCCGAAGCGAUUCCACUGGCCGCCACCGCUCUGAUGCCCGUCUUCCUAUUCCCGUUUUUCGGGAUUCUGAAUUCACAGAAGGUGGCUGCCUUCUACCUCAACGAAAUUGGCAUGGUUAUGCUGUGCUCUCUCAUCAUGGCUGGGGCUGUAGAGACGAGUAAUCUACACAAGAGAAUAGCGCUGAAAUCAUUACUCGCAAUAGGAACAAGCAAUCUUAGACUACUGCUGGGAUUUAUGCUGGUGACCAUGGCGCUCUCCGUGUGGAUACCGAAUACAGCGUCAACUUCAAUUAUGGCGCCAAUCGUCAUUGCGGUCGUUGAUCUCGUGCACACCACUUCCUCCUCCGUGGAAGACGACGAGGAAAGUAAUGCGUCUGAAUGCCUUAACAAGGCCAAGGACUGUGAUCCGGUGCCUCAGCGCAAGCUUUCAAGUUCUCAACUGACACGACAGAAGGCGCUGCUGACGACGAUGCUACUAUCAGUGGCGUACGCCGCCAACAUCGGCAGCACGGGGUCACCGAUUGGCACUGGGCCCAACUUGGUCCUGAAGGACCUUAUCGACGAAAUGUUCCCGAGUUCUACCGAAGUUUCUUUCGGGUCCUGGAUGCUGUACAACAUACCGACGAUGAUUCUAUGCGUCAUCGUCGCUUGGGCGUACCUCCUGCUUUCUUCCAUCAGAACAAUGCGUAGCUCAAGCCACUGCACGGCGCAGGAGAAAGUCCGGGAAGAGAUUGCCAGGCGAUACAACGAGCUUGGUCCACUUAGCUUUCCGGAGGUAUGUGUCAUGUUCCUGAUGGUUGUGAUGAUCCUGCUAUGGGUCACUAUGGAGCCACUGCUGCUUCCAGGGUGGGUGGAUCUUCUUCCAUUCGGAAAUGCCAUCAAGGCUUCCGCACCGGCCAUGCUGGUGACGCUCUUGCUGUUCUGCAUACCACGUGAUCCGAGGCGCCCGUGGAAGAGCGGACCCAUAAUAACGUGGCGCGAGGCCAGCGACCGGGCCCAGUGGGGUGUCAUGAUUCUCAUCGGUGGUGGCAUGUGCCUCGCCGAGGGCUGCAAGCAAUCAGGUCUGUCAGCGCUUCUGGUGCAGCACCUGAAGAGCCUUGACGUGCUUCCUCACGCGCUGACGGUCUUCGUCCUCUGCUUUGCCACCUCCAUGUUCACCGAGGUGAUCAGCAACCCGGCCGUCAGUUCCAUACUCUUGCCUGUCGUUAUCGAAAUGGCGAUAGAGAUGCGGGUGCACCCGCUGUACCUCGCAAUGCCGGUGGCGAUCAGCGCCUCGUUCUCCUUCAUGCUCCCUUGUGCCACACCUCCCAACGCGAUCGUGUACGAGCUGGCGAAGUUGACAAUUCCUGAAAUGGCAAAGCCAGGCUUCGUCAUGAACAUGGUUUGCGUCCUGGUGGAAGUCGGCAUGAUUCACGCGAUAGGCUUCCCCAUCUUUGGCCUGGGGAAGUUUCCCGCCUGGGCUAGGCCGCCCGAAGAUUCGUGCUCUUUAACUGUUGUCCCAAACACGACAGACUUGACGCCGUUGCCGACAGAGUUGACCACAUCUAACUGCACACAAGUGGCGUGAAUGAUGUGCCUGACCAGCGGCAAUAUUUCCCUCUUUAUUUCUCAGCGGUCUGAGAAGCUCCGACAUGACGUGUGACUUAAGUUCCUACUUCUUCGCUAUUUCAGCCCCAAAAACAGAGCCACUUCGACAGCAAUAACGGCAGUUCCAGAAACCUGAGCGCCAAUUUCUACACACGUUGUUUUUUUUUUUUCCUCAGGAACUUAGCGCUACACUAACACUGUACAGCGUCAUGUAGGUCAAAGAACAUCCAUAUACUGAUAAAUAGCUGUAGCCUUGACAUCACCGAAGUGCUGAACUUAAAGGAAAGAUGGAACGAGAGUUCUAAGCUUGAAGUAGCUGCACUCACUUCACGAUGGAGGACCACGCUGUAACGAAGAUCUUGCUUCUCCAUAACGUAGUCGCGAGCUAUUUAAGGAGUCAAGUCCAUUGUUAUUUUCGUACAACUUCUGUGCCUAGGCUACUCAAUCGUCUGUGCUACAGCAAGCUCAAGCACAACGAACAACCCUAGCAAAGAGAAAUACUGCAAAUUGCGAAUUUUUUAAACGCGACGCAACUUUCAGAAAAAAUGCUUACGGCGUUGUGAAGUACACGUGACGUAUCCGUUCUCGUGGUUGCCCUUUUUUUUUCUAAGUAAAUCACUUUUUUUCUGGGAUUUAUUUUCUGCCCAGUUUUUUUUUUCAGAAUCCUACAUAGACUGUUACUAACCCUUUCUUGGUUACAACUAAUCGGUGGGUGGCUUUGAACAAAUAAGAGUGCGAGGAAUCUCUCACGCCGCAAGUGCAGACCACUUAGUGUUAAGACUACAAGCGAGAGCAGGGCUUCAAAACGCAAAACAAUUCGAACACUGGUGUGAGUGUUCUAGUUCAGCCUACUUGGGAAAUUCUAAUGAAGAAAUAAGAAGUCACUGUCUUUUCUCUUUGGCUAAUGUUUGUUUAUCUGUUACAUUGUGCUAAUUUUUGCAGUUAUUUCUUGUGGCCAAGCCUAAAUAACCAUUCGUGUCUGUAAAAGAAGGCAAUUAUUUUAAAUUGUCGUGAGCUUCUAGACCUGCAUUUGGAGAACUGGCUGUUUAUGGUGUGUAUAUACAACACAAAUCAACUCCAUCCCGCUAUGUGCACGAGUUUGAAGUAAUGAAACUCAAACGUUUGACAGCCGAGGCGCCAGAAUAAUUAAAGUCAUUGGCCUAGAGAAAGCCGAAUUUUCCAGCCGCGAGUCUUUUCGUGAGAGUAAUCUUUGAAUGAUGUCAUCAUAAUCACAAUCAUCAAUGUUUACCUCUCAUCAUAUUCAUAAUCAGAAGCG